GUGAAAAUGUUUGCAGCUCCAGGAAAGAGUUUUUCGGAAUCAACCGAGAAAACGAAUUGCAGCAGUAUUGUGAGCUCAAGCGACCUUGGCAAAUUAGCCGAAAAUCCCUUAAACACUGGUUUUGAUGGAAAAGUGAAUUUGGACCUAGUACAUCCUCUCCAGAACCUAAACCCACAGAAGGAGGAGAGGGAGUUCAUGUUGCAGCAGCUGAGACACUCAGAGGGACUUCAUCUGCCCAUGAAGAUGCGCAUGGAGGAGCGAGUGCUGAGCAAGCACGAAAGACUUCCCUGUUUGAGAAGCAGUCACGUGCUGUGGGAAUCCCUCACUGGCUACGAUGAGCAGAUACUCCCAAGAGACAUGUUCCAAGAUUACCAAAUGCCGGAAGUGACAGGAGAACCCCACAUUAUGAUUGAGAGCUGUGCACGAUAUUGAUGAUACACUAUUUGAACUGAUAGAAUCUAGUUGGAGCGGCUGAGCAAUUAUUUAAUGUGCCGCUGAGUUGAUAUACAGUUUGUGAAAGUUGUAAUUGAAACCUUUAACACUU